UGUAUCUAUUUGUCAAUUUUAUGUCAAAAUACUCGAAGUGCAGUUGCGUAUUUACUUUGCAUUUUUUCGUGUAAAAAUUAAGUAAAUUUGGGAAAUAUCUUAUUAGAAAUUGUGUUUGAUGCUGUAUUUGUGUAAAUAUGUCGAAGCGAAAGGCUGUUAUGAAAGAUAUCAUUUAUGAAUUGGACAAUGAAGACAUCGAAAUUAGCAGCGACGAUGAAGCUAAAGAAGCCAAAAUUAAUCGUUUAGAGACAAAAACCAGCCAUAAAACUGAUAAAAAAUCUAAGGAGGAAGAAAAUAAUUCAGUUAUAACAAUAUUGGACACCCCUGAGAAGUCAUUACCCGAAAAACCGUCCCACAUUAAUACCAAUAGUAAUGGAGGGAAAAUAUCACCCGACGAUAGUUUCGUAGAUUUGGUUAAUGAUAGUAAUCCAGACUUGAAAGAGACUGAAGACCAAGUAGAUAGUACUAGUAAACUAAAUGCUGAAACCAAUAAAACAACUAUUUUAGAUGAAGACAUAGUAGUUGAUUCACCCACUUCCACUAGUGAUUUAGGUGUUGUUGGAUGUGAGAAUAGAACUCCAUUAGUGACUGUAAGAUUCAGAGACCAGAAAUUGGCUUCGAAUUAUAAAAAUAAAAUUAAAGCAUUUAUGUUAAGACUGAUUAAACUACAUGACAAAGAGAGUUCAUCAGACAUAGAAAGUGAAACGGACAUUGAACUGGAUAUUUGGCCUGAAGAUUUAAACGAUGAUGGUGAUUCCAUUAUCGAUUUGGAGAAACCCGAACCAGAAAAUAAUUUGUUCUUUAUUGACACUGAGGCUUGCUCAAUACCUGAUGAAAUACCAGCCUACAUAGAGGCUUCAACAGUGAUAUCAAAUCCUGUAGUUAAAGAACCAACUCCUCCGCCCACGCCUGGUCGUCGACCUGUGGUUUGCUUUAACUGUGACGGUGCUCAUCAGCUGCGAGAGUGCAAGCUUCCUAGGAACUAUGCCAAGAUCAAUGAUAAACGCAGAAAUAUGACUACAAGGGUUGGGCGUUACCAUGUUGAGGACGAACAGAAAUAUGGCCAUCUUACUCCUGGCCGGAUCUCGGGAAAACUCCGCGAUGCCCUCGGACUGAAGAGACAUGAGCUACCCCUCUACAUUUACCAGAUGAGGUACCUAGGAUACCCUCCUGGAUGGCUGGAAGAAGCCAGGAUUUCUCAUUCGGGGAUUACUAUGUUUGAUUCUACUGGUGCUGCUAUCUUAGACCCUGAAGAGGAAGAGGGCGAGGUGUGUGAGCCGGGCUGCAAGGACAAGUUCGACAUCAAAAAGAUCCUGGACUUCCCUGGGUUCAAUGUGCCAUUUAGUUCAAGAUACAAGGAGGAGGGCCACUUAAUAGGCGCGCCGCCCAUGUCAGAGGAGGACAGCAAGAUCAGGAUGCUUCAGGUGCUGGCGCCGAAUGCUAUGAAAGCGUACAAGCGCAAGAAACUUCUGCUGUUCCCGUCGGCGGUCACUGGAAACAUCUCUCAGGAGGUCUCCGAGAUGGAUCUGGAUAGUGGCGAUGAAACAGCAGAAUUCCCAUCGGUCCCACCGCUCCCAGACGAGGCUCCGCCGCCGCCGCCGCCGCUGCCCGCGCACCCCCCUCCACCGCCUCCUCAGUCCCCGCCCCCGCCUCCUCAGACCCCGCCCCCAGAACCAGAGACAAUCGAGAGCAAAGCAGAGAGCGAAGACAAAUCUGCUGAAACUGACGAUAUCGAAGUGGUUUCGGUGAUGAAAGUCGGCGAGAUACCCGUACCGGAGGUGCCGUCGAUCACUAUUGAUGAUGAUGAUGAAAAUGGCGAACCGAAAAGCGGCCGCACAAGCCCAUCCUUGGACGAUUUGGAAGAGAAAAAACGGCGGUUACUUAGCGCGCUGCAGGGAGGUGAACUAACUGACAAUGAGGCCGAGACUGACAAGGAAGUAGAAACGCCUCAAGAUGACGAAGCCGUUACCCAGAAUGCUGAAUCUGAAGAAGUAGCAGGUGACAACCCUAACACGAGUACAGUGAUAGAGCCCAAUGACAAAGAAAUUGCAAUUGAAACUGAAGAUGACAAAACUACGGAGAAAGGUGACACAGCUUUAGAGAAAGAAAGCAAAGAUACGACUCCGGAGAAAAUACAGUCUCCCAUUGCUAAAGAAAAAACUGACAUCGCCAAUGUAUCGACAUCGGACCCCAAAACUGGAAAUGUGAAAACUACGCUAUACGGCACUCCCGUGAUUAACGUCGCCUCUCCGUACCUCAAACUCCCGAGUGACGACAAGUUUGCCAAAGACAUUUGUGACGUUAUAAACUUUGAGAACCUCCCAAACUCGACAGGGAAAUACAAACAGAUCAGCAGUAUCCUAAAAAAGGUUAAAACCCAAGUGGACAGGAUACAAGAAUCAUGAUCGUAACCUCACACCGCAUAGGUGUCAAUGGAAUUGUUAAUACUUAAGUUUAACGAGAAGUACUAUUUCUAAGUCAGAGGAAGUAUUUUUGUACUGCCUAGGAAUAUGUUCAGGUUUGAACACAACAUUUUUGAAUAUUGUUAUAUUAUUUUGGGGUAUUCCAACGUUUCCCAGAGACGAAAUUUCCGAUUACUACGUAAUUACGAGAAACCGAUAAAAAUAUUUUUGCACUGCCUAAUUGACAUUUACAUUCCUGGGAUACCGUAAUACCCCUAUUCAAUCUGGGUUAUGGGGCGACACACACCACUUCUUACUUUUUACACCAUUUUAAGUCAUAUUCUCAUAGAUCUCUACGGUUAGCACGAAAAACUUUUCGAGUUCGAGUCGUUUGCGUAUUCGAAUCGCCCAUCAAAAGAUUUAGUACGAAAACUACAACAGCGCCCUUGUGAACGUGUCGUAAAGUGAACUUAGUAUUGAGAAAUGGUUGCACAAAACUUAUUUUGAGAAUCAAAAUUGUCACGUUAUCGUUUAAUUCGAACGUUGAGUAUCGAAUUUUGUCCAAUACGCAAACGAUUCGAAGACGAAAGUUGUUCAUGCUAGAGGUACUGGGUCGUGCGCGAAUUGCGUUUCGUUUGUUUUCUCCGAUAAAACCUGCGUACGCGCCAUUGUUACGUCAUGCCUUGUAACAGACCUAUCAAUUCCUAAACUCAGGUACAAGUCACUCCCAUACCCCAUAACAUAAGUUUGUUACCGUUUUACUAUUACGUGCUCUUGAAGACAGACUUUCCUUUUGAAAGUGUCGAUGUUGUAUUGUAAAUAAGUACUUCUAAGUUGGUAAUAUUUGUUUGAAAUUAGAAAAUUUAGAAAUACCUAUGUACUGCAUUUUUUUUAUUGUAUAAUAAAGUUGUAUUUGUAA